UCCGAAGGGAGUCGGUUUCCUGCCGCUGCCGCCGCCCGCACUCGGCGCUGCUCCCGGCGAGCGGCCGCAGGCGGACAUGGGCCCCCGCUCCGUCCCGCUCCUGCCGCUGCUCCUGGCGCUGCUCGGCCGCCCGGACCCCGCGAGAGCCGAGGGCUGUGACCUGCAGCCGGUGACAUCGGAGCGACCCAUCACCCUCUCCUAUGCCACCAGCACGGUGCCACGCGGCUGUGUCAGCAACAGCUCCAUGGACACUGGCCACGAAGUCCAUAUCCUCAGCGUCAAGUGGUCCGAGGUCUCUCCUGUCCCUCUGAUGGUGACAGUCACCCCCCGAGCCGAUGCCUGCAGCCGGCCAGCGGUGCUCAUCCUCCUCUGCACCCGCUGCUCUGCCACCAUCACCUCCCCGUGCUCAAACCUCAUCAUCCGCACCGACGCUCACCUCAGCCCGGAGACCAUCAGAGCACCAAACCCUGAGCCACCCAUGGUCUCCAGUGAGGGACAGCUGCUGGCUUGGGCUCUGGACACCUACGGGGGCAUCACGUCCUACAGCGAGCUGCAGGACCCCCGCAGGGUCCAGCUCCACCUGGGAGAAGAUGCCAGCAGCCCUCCAGACUGCGUUCCCCAGGAGCACUUCAAUGCCAUGCUACACCUUGAGACUGAGGUCUUCUUCCAUGGGGUGAAGGGCUGCUCACGCAGCGACGCCCAGAGCACCGGGGCCGCUCACAUCAUCCAUUUUCAGUCGGAACCCAGCUCCUCCAUCACAGAGGUGAACCUGUCUGUGAGCUGUCCUCAGAAUUCUGCUGGAAACCAGAUCCUGAUCCUGCAGAGCAAGGCCAACUUCACCUGGUUCCUCUCCUCGAAGUGCAACAUCCAUUUACUGGUCUCUGGGACUUACAGGAUGACCCUUUUCCCAGUGGUGUUGCCUGGGAUGCUCCUGCCUGACACGGAGCAGGACCUCAUUGCUAAAGCCUUUGAGAAGAACUACAGCGUCAUUGCCUCCUACUCUGCCAUCCCUGCCAGCACCCACAUCAGCCUGGAGAUUCACGAGCACGAGAUGGUCGAGACGCCUGUGACAACCACCCCCAUUGUCAUCACACAGCCCCCAGACUUGCCCCACCAGGUGCUGCUCACACUCAAGCCCUGGAAGUGCACAGAUGAAACCAUGGAGAUUGUCAUCAUCAGGUCCUACCUGGAGCCCAUCAAGGACGUGGUGAACAUCACCCUGAGGGACAUCAGCUGCCAGGCAGAGAAAAAUGCCACCCACUUCAUGUUGAAAAGCCCCCUCAGCCAUUGUGGCACCUCACUGGAGGGCAGGGGCUAUGCCAACAAUGAGCUCAUCCUCAGCCUGGCCAAGGACGCAGUGCUCCGGAGUGUGCGGGUGGCCUUCAAGUGCGAGAUCCCGCGGGAGCUCUUCCUGCGCCUUUUCCCCACCGCUGCCUUCGAGGCACCGCAGACGGAGCUGGAGAUCAACAAGGAGGCCUUUGUGCAGGCGUCCAUGCGGUGGAUGGAUCACCCAGCAGACCUGCAGCUGAAGGAGUGCUGGCUGCUGGCCGCAGGGCGGGAGCCGCUGCUGCUGCUGCAGGGCGGGGAGGCGCGUGGAGCGGGGGUGGCCGUGCUGGAGGGACCCCCCAGCAGCCAUGGCAGGAAGGUCUGGCGCUUCCGCUUCACCUACACCGUUCCUGAGGGCAGGCACAUCCCCUUCUCUGCCAUCCUCAAGUGCAAGGCCGGCUUGCAGAACGACACCAUCUUUGAGAAGGUCCUGGAGUUGACAGUGAAGGAUGCCUGGCGGCCCCUCAACUACCGUGGGCUGGGGCUGGCUGCCGUCCUGGGAAUCACCUUCGGCGCCUUCCUCAUCGGGGCACUCCUCACUGCCGUGCUCUGGUACAUCUACUCGCACACCCGGGCUCAGGGGUCAGCUGGGGAGUGAUCCAUGAGAGCUGGAGGGUCCCUGGGGAGCGAGCCAAGGCCACCGCUGUUCGCCCUGAGUCUGGUUUCCCCUUGGUGUUCCCCCGUGGCGGGCGGUGUGAGCCAGGUCCCAUCUCCAAACUGCAGCCGGUUUCCAGCACGGCGCCAGCCUCGGAGAGCAGCAGCACCAACCACAGCAUCGGCAGCACCCAGAGCACCCCCUGCUCCACCAGCAGCAUGGCCUGACGCCCCCGGGCCCCCCCGAGCCCGCGCAGCCCCUGGCCAACGGACUUGGGGACCCACCCCAGUGCCAUUAAGCUGAUUUUUUGCCCCAAAUCUCAGGCCGAGCCCAGAGGGGGCCUCCAUUACUCAUUCAGUGAAUGCUUUGGCCCCCUGAGGGCAGCCCACACCGGGGGGGGGUGCACCUUGCAACCCCCCUGGGCUCCCCCGCUGCAGUGGGGAGGCAGAAAGAGCAGCUAUUGCCAAAACCUCCCACAAGGCUCCCCAUCAAAUGGGGGGGGAAUUAAAAGUGGGUGCCCCCUGGACAUGCCCCAGCACUUGGGGUGACCCCUGUGCCCCUCCUGUAUCCCCCCAAGAAGGCAGCAGGCACCAGUGGGAGCAGCAGGAGGUUUAUUUGUGGAGGAUGGUGCAAGGCUGCUGCCCUCCCACAGGACGACGGGCAGAACCCACCACUCCCCCCAGCUCCCCGUCCAAGUUACAAACUCUUAUCAAUAAUAAUAAAAACCUUCCCUAUGUUAAA